AUGCUAAUUCGAGAAAUGGGGCCACGAUAUGUUUUACACUGUUUAAAAGGUUCAUUCAUAAAAUAUGGUGAGGAUGUUCAAGCAGGUGUACUUCAGACGGGUACUAUGCCACCAACCGUAGAUGAACAGCUAAAAGAAAAUUCUUGGGGUAAAGAACCAAUAGAAGAUUAUGGAUUUCUUCAUACAGAAACCAAUGAUGGUCGAAUCAUAAAAGAAAAAUUUGAAACAUUAACUGGUAAUUAUGGACUGUUUUAUGAACAAUUAUAUGCUGCUAUUGUUCAUGGAAAAGAAUUAGAAAUUCGACCUGAAGAUGGUUAUAAUGUUAUUCGUAUUAUUGAACUUGGUUUACAAAGUAGUCAAGAAAAACGAACAUUACAAUGCAAUCAACUUUUAUGA